CUCGCCGCUCUUGCCGUGCGCCCUGGCGGCGGUGCGGGAGACGGGCUUGUGGGGUAGCUCGAGUCAUAUGACCCGCUCCGCUUCCUGGCUUCGGCCGCCGCCGCCGCCCUCCUGUGUCCGCCAGUGUCGCGCCAGGGCUCUAAAGAGCCGUUAAGGGGUCCGGGCCGAGGCUCGCUCGUGUGGAAGUCGUCUCCGUCGCCGUUUCCCGCCCUCCCGUCUGUCCUCUCCAGGCCGUCACCAUGCUGGCGCUCAUCUCCCGCCUGCUGGACUGGUUCCGCUCGCUCUUCUGGAAGGAAGAGAUGGAGCUGACCCUCGUCGGGCUGCAGUACUCGGGCAAGACCACCUUCGUCAAUGUCAUCGCGUCAGGUCAAUUCAGUGAAGAUAUGAUACCUACAGUGGGCUUCAACAUGAGGAAAGUAACAAAAGGUAACGUCACAAUAAAGAUCUGGGACAUAGGAGGACAGCCCCGAUUCCGGAGCAUGUGGGAACGGUAUUGCAGAGGAGUCAAUGCUAUUGUUUACAUGAUAGAUGCUGCAGAUCGCGACAAGAUAGAAGCCUCUCGAAAUGAAUUACACAAUCUUCUCGAUAAGCCACAGUUACAAGGAAUUCCGGUAUUAGUACUUGGAAACAAGAGAGACCUUCCAAAUGCCUUGGAUGAGAAACAGCUAAUUGAAAAAAUGAAUCUUUCAGCUAUUCAGGAUAGAGAAAUUUGCUGCUAUUCAAUUUCUUGCAAAGAAAAGGAUAAUAUAGAUAUCACACUUCAGUGGCUUAUUCAACAUUCAAAAUCUAGAAGAAGCUGAAACAUCUCCUGAAGUCUUCCAGUCCUUCUUCGCUAUAAUCCUAGAAUUAUUGUCCGUUCCUCUGAAGUACUUCCCAGGAUAUGGUCCUUCCUAAACCCAAGAAAUUGCCUUUUUCAGAGUUUAUUUCUCAUGUGCACUGCUGAAAAUGUGUAACCCUAUUCAUAAA